CACAAUAGGACGGACAACAAACAGACAUCAGGAAGAAAACACCUGGUGCUCCAUGCCUUAGGAGACUGGAGCAGGUAUGGCUGAUCCCACAGGCGAUCCAGAGUCAGGCAAAGACAUGGAAGAUCUGACAAAAAGCUUGGAGGAACUCUGUGAGAGCUCUAAGGAGCAGAGUGAGGAGGUGCUACCGCUUUCACACCUAGAACAGCAUCAUCAUCUUUUCUCUAUGCUGAAGAGGAAAGCACACAAAUGCUGUGGAGACCUAGAGCAGCUCAACAUGGAGCUGGAGAAACUGAGGGGAGAGGAUGCUGUGAAAAUUAAAACCCAGACCCAGCGUAUUCAGUAUUUGGAGAGGCGCUUCAUGGAUCUGGUCAAAAACCAUGAAAAGAUGAUCCAGUUCAAAAAUGAACACAUAAAACAGCACAUGCAGCUGUGGGAGGAGAACAAGCGUCUGCGGCAGGACAGGGAAGCACUCUUCAGCCAGGCUGUGAGGGAGAAGGAAGCUGAAGUGCUCUGGCUGGCAGGCCAGACCAGGAAGCUCUCACAGCAGUUAUGCUCCUUGCAGGAGAAAUAUGCUUCUGAGAGUCACAGAGCCCAGGAGUGAGAGAAGGAGCUGCUGGAAGCUCAGAGCCAACAAGCAGAUGCCUACACCCAGGAGGUGGAUUCACAAGAAGAGCUGCAACUCCUACAGGAGAAGCACCAACAAGAUGCAGCAAGGGCUGAGCAGGCAGAGUCAGCAGAGGGCAGUGAGCAUCAGGCCAAGCUGGAAGAGAAAGAGCAGCUACUGAACCUGGCCAUCUUGAGGAGCAAAGCUCUGCAAGAUAAGGAGCAGGAGAUUCAGAAGCUGGAGGAGAAGCUGGAGACUGUGGAGGAAGCCAUGCAGAGAGCAGGAAGGUGCCUCAAGAAAGAGGCAGCAGCAGUAGACAAAGAUCUGAAGGUUCAAGAGCUCCAAGGACAGCUGGAACACAACAAACAGGUGUACAAUGAACUCCUGCUGCAGUUCGAUGCUUACAGAAAGCACAGUAUGGAUUUGCUGACUAAAGAGAGAGCUCUGAAUGUCAAACUUCGUCACUUUGUUGCCUAACUGCAG